AUGAAGGCCAUGCGCCUAGUCUUUAGCUCAAGACGGGAUCUUAAGCCCAUUGAGUUACAGCACGCGCUAUCCAAAAGCUUCAUGAAGCCCUCAGAGGAACACCGGCCCGACAUCAACGACAUCCUUCUUGCCUGUGCUGGCCUCCUGGAAGUUGAUGAUUGGAUUGACAUCAUUUAUUUUUCUCAUUACAUCACCAGAGAAUUCCUGCAAGAAAAUUUGGACGACGACCUGGCUGCUCUUUGCAUCGACUGCGUCUCAUCUGAGGCUUUCGAUGCCGGCCCCUGCUCAACAGAGGACGAGUUCCAUGAGCGUCUACGAUCAUACCCGUUUUAUUACUACGCUGCAUCGAACUGGGGUUACCAUGCUCGUUAG